AUCAGAGCCAAAGCUGUCAUUACACUGACGGAUACUUCGGCUGGGUAUGUCACCCUGACAGCGGAUGUUUCUGUAAGGAUGGACAAAUUUGUCAGAAGACGCUGUCUCCAAACUGUCCCGGACAUUGUGUUGACAACCCCUGGGGGAUAGGGUGUAUGGACGAGAAAUUCAACCUAGCCCUUGGAAAACCAACAACACAAUCAAGUAGUCACCCAGUUAGCUACCAGUCGUCAUUAGCUGUAGACGGAAACAACAGUACCGAUGCCUCUCUGUGUUCGAGAACGUACUGGGAAACCGACCCCUGGUGGCUGGUCGAUCUUGGCGGUCUCUACGUUAUUCGCUCCGUGGUGGUUAUCAUGCCAAACAACUGUCCAGCACAUGCGUCUAUCAGAAUGUAUGUUGGUAAUGAUACAUAUAACCGCGGGAACAUCCUAUUACCAAACGUUUGUGCUUUCGAACAGACAGUGGAUCCCCCAACCCUUGGUCGCUAUAUCAAGAUCUCCAGAUCAGGGCCACAGUCUUUGGUGUUGUGUGAAGUUAUUGUUCGAGGUUAUACAUACCCAUUUAACAUAGCUCUUGGGAAGACAGCAAGCCAGUCUAGUAAUUAUUCUUCUGGAAGUCUCGCUAGACUUGCCGUAGAUGGUAAUACGAAUACGCGUUUUUUCGACGGCAGUUGCACGCAUACUGAAGAGAAUGUUGAACUUUUUCCAUGGUGGGAAGUUGAUCUCGGUAACAUGUAUUACAUCUACUCGGUGACCUUAGUGAACAGGGAAAAAGCUGGUCGGCGCCUGAAGAAUAUCGAAGUCAAAGUUUCACUGCCAAACAACUCGGUCUACCAUUGUGCCAGACGAGAGGAACAGGUGCCUGGCGACAGCUCUGCUGAACUGCCCUGCAACCCUGCACCUUUAGUAGGGCAGUUUGUAAGGGUUAGUCUGAACAACACCACACCAGAACCUUUGACUCUGUGUGAGGUGAUGGUAAAAGGCUACAAAUACCAAGAUUGUGGUAGUAGUAAGACGUUUGGUCCAGAAUGUAGAUAUAAAUGUAACUGUAAGGAUACAGCAGAGGUGUGUGAGAGGCGUACAGGUGCUUGUACAUCUGGUUGUGCGGACGGUUGGAGCAAUCGGCAGAACGUGUGUCAAAUAGAGUGUCCAUUUGGGAAAUUUGGGCCAUUGUGUGAAUACACGUGCCACUGCCUAGGAGAUUUUACCUGCAGUGUAACCAAUGGCUUCAGAUGUCCUGAAGGGUGUCAAACCUACUGGAAAGGCUACGGAUGCCACCAGCAAAGGCCGUAUUUUGACAUGGCACCUACAGUGACCUCAAGAACGCUUCAUUCUGUUAGCAUUGGCUGGGACAUUUGGUCUUCGGGGAGAUACCCGGGGGAAGGCAGCGUACGCUCUUACGUUGCCAGAGUCUGGAAAGACGGUAACGUCAUUGACGUUAGGAAAAAUUCUGCGGAUAUCACGUCCAUCACCAUUGAAAACCUUCUGGAGUACACAGCGUAUGAGUUCACUGUAUCUAUCGAGGAUGAAGAAGGACAGGAGGGGCAACAAAGUCCGAGUGUCGCUAAAAUGACAUGUGGAGCUCCUGCUAUGAUUCCACAACCAGACAUUAUCCCAUCCCUGAAAGUACCUUGGAACACUGCACAGAUAAGAUUAAAAACACAUGUUCGUCGUUUGGCUAUAGACAAAAUGAUAAAAUGUUUAACGGGCCGCGACUCUAUCUAAGUAACAUUUUUUUUUCAAAAGGAGGGGUAUCAACCUCAGAGAGUGAGCGAGUGAAAGCACAGAAAAGUAACAUUAUGAUUUUCCUUGGGUCAUUUGUAAAAUUUUCCACAUACCAAGCCAAAGCCAAAUCAUUUUUUUUUCUAUUAAA